CGCGAGCCGUCCAGGAUCACACCGACUCUACAUUCCAUCCCAGGAGGAGCAGUCUCUUAAAAAGUCGAGAAGAAUCCUCCGUAUUCGAGUUGGACUCGAGUAUUUGGAAGAGGCCUCCAUCAUAUCCUUUGUCCGUCCAAAAACCAAACGUCCUUAAUCAGGAUUAAUAAAUAUCGCCCACAAUGAGUGAGGUCUCGUCAACGCGCCUCUAUCUCGGCAAUCUGCCCCGAAAUGGUAUGCUGGUUCUACAUCUUACUUCUUCUCGCCCUCUCUGGUACAGAUGAUAUGGUCCUUGUUACCCCACACAUAACACACAACGCACAUACACACUCUUCCUCUCUCAUGUACCGGAUAUCUGGAUCUACUUCCUUUCCCGGGGAAGCGGGAUGGAAGGGACAGAGGCAUAGGAAAUUGGAAUGCGAAAUUGCAAAUAAGCGGCCUGUUCAGAUCUCUUUCAAUUCAUUUCCAGACAAAUUCUCAUGGACCUGGCUUGACCAUCUUGGAUUUUCGUUUGGCCGCGAGAGGCUGACGCAAAAUGGGCAUGGCUUUUUUGCCUGGACUCUGUUGUUUCCAGUCACCAAACAGGACGUCGAAGAACACUUCAACCAGCACGGAUCCGGAAAAAUCACGGAUAUCAAGCUUAUGAGUGGUUUUGGUUUCAUUGAAUACGAGGAUGCUUUGGACGCACGGGAUGUCGUUCCUGCUUACCAUGGAACGGACUUCAAGGGCUCAAGACUCACGGUCCAGUUUGCACGUGGCCCACGGCACAAAGAAACAUUCUCGGGACCCUCUGAUCGCUCCAAUGCUCCACGUCCACGUCGUACACCUUACCGUAUGCAGAUUUCUGGACUUCCAGAGACGAGUUGGCAGGAUCUUAAAGAUUUCGCCAGACAGUCUGGCCUUGACGUUGUCUACUCGGAAACACUCCGUGACCAUGAAGGACGAGGGUUUGUCGAAUUUGAGACUGGAGCCGACCUCAAGACUGCUAUCGAGAAACUGGACGGACGUGAAUUCAAAGGCUCCCGUGUGACUUGCACCCAGGACAUCCAAGCUCCCGAUGACCGCCCAGUUCGUGAUCCUUAUCGUUCUCGCUCCCCCGUGCGUCGUGGUGGCUAUCCUCCCAUGGAUGAUUACGACAGGCGUCCCCCACGUGGCUACAGUCCUCGUGGGCACUAUCGCGAGCGAUCUCCUCCACCUAUGCGUCGCGAUUACUAUGAUCGCGACGGGUAUGGUCGCCGCACGCCGCCACCACGUUCUCGUAUGGAUGAUUAUCCGCCCCCUCGCCGGCCAUAUGAUGACCCUUAUGACUUCCGCCCCCCUCCACCACGUCAUUAUGAUGACCCAUACAUGCAAGGCAGAUAUGGACGGCGACCUUUGAGUCCUCCACCUAGAGGAGACUAUGGAGGCUAUGAUCGUCGCGGUUACUGGUAGAUAUCCCUCUUCUACCCAUUGCUCCAAAAAUAAAGCCCUACCUGUCAUCCCUGCUUUCUCCUGGCAGUUUUGCAUCCGAUAGAAUUCCCGCGUCCGGGCCCUGAUAUCUAUUACAUUAGAACGAACACGUUUCCAGCCGUCACUGCCUCUCCUUGCCUUUUACAGGAAGAACCCCCAGAUUUCCAGCAGUGAAGGCUGUGUUAGAUUCAGAUCCUAUUAUUUACGACAUAUCCAUGCAUGUUCGCUUUAUGAUUGUUUCUUGAACAUACACCCCGGAUCGACGCUAUACAACGAAACUGCUCUUUUGUGAAGUCCGAAGAAAGCGAUCUAUCUGGUGCAAAUUACGUAUGUAACUUUCUUCCUUUUGCUGUUUGACGCACAGAAUACCUUUCUGUUGUGUGUUUUAUGACUGAUUUAUGCGCCGUCUUUUCUGUCUCUCUUUUGAUGGUUUGUUCUUUGAGUAAUGAAUUUGGAGGAAAUUGUUGCUGUUAUGCUUUAUGUACUAGCUAGCGGGAAUUAAAAAACAGAAAGCAUAAUAUCUCCCUUAUAAAUAACAGUUACGUGUCUGCAUA